AUGAGUAAGCUGGAAAAUAUCAAGGUUGCAGUGAGGAACCAACGAGAGUUGACGAAAGAGUGCAAGAAGAUCGUGUCUGUGGUCGAAAGGAGCACGUACCUCUUAGAUCCGACCAACCCGCACGUCCCCGCCCGACAGUUCACGUUUGACUACUCCUACUGGUCACAUGACAGCUACAGCGAGAACUCGGAGGGAAAAUUUGUGGCCGAAAAUGACUCAAUAUAUAUUGAUCAGGAGCGUGUGUUCAGUGACCUGUGUGCGGGAUUACUGGACGCCGCCUGGGUCGGCUAUAACUGUACACUCUUCGCAUACGGACAGACGGGCAGCGGCAAGACAUACACCAUGAUGGGAUACGGACAAAACAAAGGGCUGAUACCAAUGGUCUCCGAAUCGUUGUUUCAUGAUAUCCAAGAGAAGGGACAAAAGGCAGGGGUUAUUUAUAAGUUGUCGUUCAGCAUGUUCGAAGUGUACAAUGAGCGAGUGUUUGACCUGCUCAACCGACAGGCCUCACCCCAGCAGGGCCUUCCCGUCAGAACACACCACAAGCACGGCUUCUUCGUUGAGGGUCUGAUGGAGGUUCCGGUGUCGUGCUCUGGCGACCUGGACCACUACAUCGCCGAGUGUAACCGCAGCAGAACACUCGCCGUCACCAACAUGAACGAAACCAGCAGCCGUGCUCAUACAGUGGUCACUCUGACCUUUGUACAAAACUACUUGAAGGAAAACAAGACAAAGGCGUCUAAGAUCAACAUGGUGGACCUCGCGGGAAGGUCUGUUAUCUUUGUGCUCUUUCACAAGGCAGAGUUGACCAAGGACCAAAUUGCGACACUUAGUCCUUCAGACCAGGACUUUGACCAAACAAUGUCGACACUACGCUAUGCUGACCGCGUGAAGUCGAUCAGGAACGAGGCUCGGGUGAAUAUUUCGGCGACGGACCGCCUCAUCCGAGAACUUCUAGUGGAGAAGGAGGCCUUGUUGUCAAAAUUAGGGAAUAACAUGCGGGCAGCACCGGGGUACUCCAAACAAGGUGACAUGCUGUAUGUUUAUGUUGAGAUCAUUAUCAUCCGGCAGAUUAAAGGCGAGCUGUUGGACAUGGAGGAUGCAUGGACAAGGCGUAUAAAGGAAACACAUAAACUCAUUGAGUUAGAGGUAGCUGCAGAGCGUCGUAGUGAGCGUGAGCGGGCGGACGUUCCCCACAUAUGGAAUUUGAACGAGGAUCCGGUCCUCAACAGGCGCGUGUACCACUUAUUCAGCCAGGGGGUGGAAAGUACCAUUGGUAAUGCUCGAGCAGUAAACCCUCAAGUAAUUGAAUUGCAUGGACCAAGACUAUGUUUCGGGUCGAGCCUGCUGUACGUGUUUCACCACCCCGUGGAGGAGAGAGCAUUGAUACACCAGAGAAGGAAGAUACAGACUGUCACGUUUGACCUGGCCAAAGAAGAGAUACGCACGAAAACGGAACUCACUGCAGAGGCACAGGCUUGGCUUCGGGAAGAGCUAUCGGAUGUCCGUGCACUGACAGGGGAAGCUAACGCCAUGGCGGCAGAGCUUGGACGAGGGGUCAGAUUUGACCCUACCAUUGUCCCUGCCAUUGUACUCGGGGAUACAAACAAAUGUUCUCAGAUUUACAUCCGGGUGUUGUCUGGGGAGGGCGGCGAGUUCCUCUGGAACCGGGAGCAUUUUAUCGAGCGGCUGGACCUGAUGAUGGCAAUGUACCAGCGCUAUGAAGCGGGUGAAGCAGACUGGGAGCCAUCUACGAAGACGCAAGAUCCGUUCUGGGAGCCCCUUGAGACGCCGACUCUGGUGGGGGUGGUGUACGUGCCACUAGAGGCGCUCUGCUAUUUGCUGGACCUUGGUGAACAGCGCCUUGGGCUGUAUGACAUUGCUGGCCGCCAGCUGGGUGCUCUUUCCCUCUCACUCAUGCCUUGUGACGCCACAGGCCAGGAUUGCCUGGAUACACUCGCUGUAGACAAUCCUGAUGAUCUGACGUGGUGUCACUAUCUGUUCUACAAUGAGAAAACUAGACGUUACACGGACGAAGUGGCGGGAGCAGUACCAACGUUCGGCUAUAAACAAAUGCACGAGAUUACCAACAUUGACCAAACGGCGUUAGAUUACUUGCAAUCCAAGUCGCUAAUGAUAGAGAUCCACGGACGCCAAGCAAGCAGCCUGUCCAAACGGCGAGGCAGCUCCAUAGACGCAUACACCCUCGCAGACCAGCGGCGGAUCAGCAUAUUUACCACGAGCUCAGAUGCUGCUUUCUUGGGUCUAGACAGGAUCUCUUCCGCGGGAGGUAACUCCACUAGCAUUGCCACGUCUGCCCGGGCUUCGUCCGGAAGUAUCAUUGUUGAGACCGAUGAGACGGACUGCGACAGCGAUAAGGAGUCAGACGUGACGUCACUGGAGGCGUGCUCCGGCGAUGAACAGAGAACUGGUGCUGUUCUUCCAGAUAUCGUUCAGACCGGCGCUUCCUCCCUGUCUGUGACUCGAACAGGGCUUGAACUCGUUCGAAAAGGUAUUUCUUCGUUCAUGGAGGACUUUAUAAAACAUCAUAGUGACGAAAUUGACAACUGUCUCCAACAGCAAUAG